AUGGCCUUGAUAACGCUACUCACGCCAAACACCAUCUACGUGGCUGGUAUUGUUUUGCUGACGUCUCUAUUCAUCUGGAUAUACAACCAUGCGUUCGGGACGGACUUACCCAAACUUGCUGGUAUCCCUGAGCUUCCAGGCUCAAAACCAUUCUACGGGCACCUGAAGGUUUUGGGGAACGACCACGCGUCUGCUUUUCAAAAGUAUGGAGAGGAGCAAAAGGCCGACAUCGUCCAGGCACGGCUCGGAAAUCGUCGCAUUGUGGUCUUGAACUCAUUUGAAGCUGCACAGGACUGGUUUGUCCGGAACGCAUCUGCAACCAUCGACCGACCACUGUUCUAUACCUUUCAUGGUAUCUUGAGCACGAGUCAAGGGGGCACCAUUGGUACUGCACCAUGGUCCGAUAGUGCCAAAAGACGAAGGACAGCGGUGGGAGCUGUGAUGACGAGACCUGCUAUUCAGAAGUUAUCUUCUAUGCUUGAUCUGGAGUCAAACGCUGUCAUUGAGGAUAUGUUCUUGGCAUCGAAGGAAUGCAGUGGAAGAACAGACGUGCCAAUCGAUCCCCGUAUUUUCUUCCAGCGACAAGCUCUGAACUUAACUCUCAUGCUCUGUUACGCAAAUCGCAUCUCUGGCAUCGACGAUCCUCUUCUAUUCAGCAUUUUAGAAGUUGCACACUCGGUCUCUAGUUUCCGCUCUACGAACAACAAUCCCCAGGACUACGUCCCCUUGCUGCGUUACCUCCCGGCAAAUGAACGCACCAAGACAGCUGUUGACGACCGCAACCGUCGCGACGUCUGGCUCGACGAGCUCCUGAGCAAAGUCCAGCUUGCUGUUGAUGAAGGUAGAUCCGUGCCUUGUCUCUCAGAAGGUCUUCUGAAAGAUAAAACCAAUGCCAAGCUCACAAAAGAGGAAAUCAAAUCCAUCAACGUCUCUCUCGUCUCCGGCGGCUUCGAGACCCUCUCCACUACCUCCAUAGCCGGCCUCUCCUUCCUCACCACACCCUUAGGCCUAGAGAUUCAAGAACGAGCCUAUACGGCCAUUAUGGCUGUGUAUAGCUCCCCUCAAGACGCAUGGGAGAAGUGCGUUACUGAAGAAGCGGUCCCAUACAUGGUGGCGCUCGCACGAGAAAUGCUACGGUAUUACGCCGCCAUACCGCUCCUCCCGCCUCGUCAGACCAUGACUGAAUUCAACUGGAGGGGUAAGGUAAUUCCUAAGGGUUUGUCCGUAUAUGUCAACGCACAGGCAGUGAAUCAUGAUAAGACAGCGUAUGGGGAUGAUGCGGACGAGUUUCGACCGGAGAGGUGGCUUGAUGGCAGGGAGAGGGACCAGCCGGGCUUGCCUCAUCAUUAUUCAUUUGGGGCAGGAAGCAGAGUUUGUCCGGCAGUAGCUUUGAGUAAUCGUGUAAUUUACGCGACUUUCAUCAGAUUGAUCGUGAGCUUCAAGGUGAAAGCGAAGGAGGGUGCUGAGCCGGUGACGGACUAUGUGAACUACAAUGAGGAUUCAAGUGCGCAAACGGCGAUGCCGAAGAGGUAUCAGGUUGUUUUGGAGGAGAGACAAGGUAGGGAUGUCUUGUUGGGGAAUAUUGCAGGAAGCAAGAAGAGGACGGAGAGCCUCGGGUUUUAG